UAUGCGGUUUAACUUUUUCCUCCUCAGAGCUGCGCGAACCGUCCCGUCUUGUCAUUCCGCAACAAUGGGCUCAGUGUGAAGCGACAGCAGUGCCAGAGUCUGGCACACAUCGACAAACACCAUCUUUUUUAUUCGAACUGGAUUUAUCCAUAAGGAAGAUGAGUUUGGUUUCGGCUCUGGACGCGAUGUAUCAACCCGCGCAACUUUUGAACUGGGUUUAUCUGUCGCUGCAGGAGUCUGAGAGCAACGCGGAGUCUGAUGGGAACCACAGCAUCAAACCCGCAGCGGAGGAUCUGGAUUCACAUCUGAACUCCAGCAUCAUCAGCAGCUUCAUUCAUGAACGCACGGAGACUCUGUGUAGCCGCUUAUAUAAGGGCUCGUCUCCCUACGGCUCUUUAAACAACAUCGUCGAGGGUUUGAGUUUACUGACGGACAGUUUCUGUGACCUUUCGCUGACCUCUGAACCCAGAAAGCCCUGCAAGAAACCUCCGCCCAACUACCUGUGCCAUCUGUGCUUCAAUAAGGGCCACUACAUCAAAGACUGUCCACAGGCUCGUCCUAAAGGAGAAGGUCUGACGCCGUAUCAGGGUAAGAAGAGGUGUUUCGGCGAGUACAAGUGUCCCAAAUGCAAGAGGAAAUGGAUGAGUGGAAACUCAUGGGCGAACAUGGGGCAGGAGUGCAUCAAAUGCCACAUCAACGUCUAUCCUCACAAACAGCGUCCUUUGGAGAAACCUGACGGUCUGGACGUGUCGGACCAGAGCAAAGAACAUCCUCAGCAUCUGUGUGAGAAGUGUAAGGUGCUCGGAUAUUACUGCCGUCGCGUUCAGUGACCUCCGACCCCCAAAAACGCCCGUCACGUCCUCAUCACCUCGCUUUAAUUUGACAGUAUUCACUCAUUCCUAACUGUGCUCCAGGUAUAUUCAAAUGAAAUGUUGUCAGCAAUGUUUGUGCAUGUAGGGGUGUGCGAUAUAUAUUGUCUGCGAUAAUGUCGUAAUUUAGUUUUAACGAUGUUCAAUUUGACAUUAUCGAGUAUUUUGCAAAAACAAUUCAAAACACCUACAGAGUGCAGGGCACGCAUUACGUGAAGUCUAGACUAGACUUUAAAGGGGUCCUAUUAUGCUCUUUUACAAAGUGUUGAUUUUGUUUUGGGGGUGUACUAGAACAUGCUUUCAUGCUUGGUGGUUUGAAAAACGCAUUAUUUUUAACAUAAUUUACAUUAUUACAAUACAUUUCUCCCAGCCUGGCACAUAAGGCUCAAUUAGUUCCAGGUUUAAUGAAGGCCCGCCUUCCGAAAAACUAAAUGUGUUGUGAUUGGUUAGCUUUCCCACUGAUUGGCGAUUGAUUGGCGAACAGCUUAGAAGGUGUUUCAGUACUGCCACGCCCCUUGUCGAAGAAGCAAUUUCCGUGUACAACUGUUAGCGCAAGCUAGAUUAAAGUGAUUCUUAUGUUUUAAAUAUGGAUAUUUUUCUUACAAAAACGCAUCGAUUUACUACCUAUAUUAACCCCCUGGAGCCUUGUGAGGCAAAUUUUAUUAUAGAUGGAUGCAUAUUAUUGGACUUGUUUUGGACUGAUGAGGAGAAACACCCGUCUAUGCCGUUCUAAAGCUUGGGAGUGUCAGGAUAAAUUUUAAUAUAACUCCGAUUGCAUUCGUCUGAAAGAAGGAAGUCAUAUACACCUAGGAUGCAUGGAGGGUGAGUAAAUAAUAUGCUACAGUAGUGUUGGGUCCUGUCGUCAGCCUGCGAGAUCACCGAUACAUGAUAUUAUCGUGCUAAUGUAUUUAAUUAUUUACAUACUUAGUUUCAUUGUCCGAAACCAGCUCCAGAAUAAGACUAAAAGCAGCCUAACAUUAUCAAAGGACUUCGUCACUGAUUAGCCUAGCCUAUUCUAGUGCAAGUUUUAAAGGGGUCAUCGGAUGCCCAUUUUCCACAAGUUGAUAUGAUUCUUUAGGGUCUUAAUAAAAAGUCUAUAAUAUACUUUGGUUAAAAAUUCUCAAUGGUUGUGUAAAACAACAUCCUUUUUACCUUGUCAAAAUCAGCUCUGCAAAAAUCAUCCCAUUCUGGUCGAGGCUGCUUUAAAUGCAAAUGAGCUCUGCUCGCCCCGCCCCUCUCUGCUUACUGUGGAGAGACGAGCCUGUUUACUUUAGCUGCGUUUUGCCACUAAACUUGCUAACUAGCUCAUUAUUAGGUAAGGCGAUUGCAAAGAUUCAUAAAAAAAACCCUUUUACUCACUUCUGCUGUAAGUGAAGCUGGAUCACAAAUGAUUCGUGUGAACAUGGACGGAUAUAUGUAGAUCAGUAGGCGCAUUCCCUUCACAAACAAACGUAAUCCACUGCAUCUUUAGCAGCUCAGAUGUCUGGAGUAAAUGACAGCCACUACGUUCAUUAUUACAUCCAGCAACACCUCAAUUGCUCAAUUCUUGUCUAACUUACAUCCCUGCUCCAGCAUCCAAACAUGAAAGUUGGACUGUUACAGCUGAUCUGAGGUAAAACGCUCAUGUCAAUCGACUAUCGUGGGAGCGGCCUCUGUGGGUGUGACGCCACAACAACAGGCAUCUGAGAAGGGCUCAAUUUGAAAAAGGGAAUAUUAUUUUUACAGAUUAAUUAAAAACCACUGCAUGGAUUUUUAUCAUUAUAGGGUAGAUUUGUACAUACACUGACAACACACAUUAAUGUUCAAACAACAUGUAAAAGUGAACUUAGCAUCCGAUGACCCCUUUAAAAAACACUCACGUUAUAAGUGAAGCUAUCUACACUGUAUGAUGAAUAAAUCUCUUACCACACACUGCACACGUCUGCGGCGCGUUACUGCUCUGAAGCGGCCACUCUAGUCAGUGCUCGUGUUUAUACCCGCUACGCCACGGCUCGUUGAACCCCACCUCGUCCCUACCCUCCCGCCAACAAUUCGAAUUUCCAUGGGCGGGAUUUAAUUUAAUGAUAUUCUAAUUGGCCGCGUUGUGACAUCUUUGCAUGCCGAAAACAAACGUUGUAGUCCAAAGGAGCUGUUUGUUGUAGUUCUUGAAAAGGGAUUUUUAAAAACGAAAUAUCUCCUUUUGGAGUGGACUUUGAGAUUUGUAACUUUGUAGAUCUUUUUUAUGCCCAAAGAUACACACCACACACUGACUAAAAUUCAAAAAGUGAAAAAGCAUAAUAGCACCCCUUUAACAAUGCGUUCUUUCACUGCAUAAUUCAGUCUAUUACAAUAAAUUUAGAAUGGUCACAAAUUCAAAACAUGGGAACAGAAAAUGUAUAGUUUAUUCCACUUCAUGUAGUUAAUCAAUAUCAAUAUCAAUAUAGCGUGCCAUUUUCUUCUUCAAAAAUGACUGCGAUUGCAAAUGUGAUAUUGAUUUUUACAACAGUUCAAAAGACAAGAAUUAAGAUACUUACGUUUUAGACACUAUAUUGCCUGUUUUUGCUUGAUUUCGCCAACAAAAAUCAUUCCAAACACAGUAACAGCACUGUUUUGCAUCUUUGAGUAUCAUGACGGUGUUCGUUCCUGAAUGAAUCAACCGUUCAAAUGAUUCGGUUCAAUCGCAAUGACUCACUUAUUAACUUAUUACUGGCGAUUUUACUUUCACAUUUAAAGUAUCUUUUUAUUAUUUAAAUAAUUUCAAAUAUCAGUAUUCAACGUUUUAUGUUUAAAAUAUCAAGACAUUAUUUGUGCAUUUGUAACUACAGGUUAAAUGCAUUCAUGCCCUGCAUUAAAAAGUGUGUAAAUACAUCUAAAUGCCACUUCAGAUGCAGCUUUUGUAUUUCCUGUGCAUUGCAAAGACAAACUUUGCUGAUACUGAUUUAAUUUGCUUGGUAACAGCCCAAAUGUAAGAAUUUGACUCAAAAGAUAAUGCGUACUUUUAGAAAAAAAAUGGCUUUUUAAAGGUUAAAAUGCCCAUAAAUGGUAAAAAUCAAUUUAAACUUAUUGGAAAAGAUUCAUUUCUAAUCAGUGUGAACUGAACACCACACAGAACAAUAUCAAAAAAUGUAGGAGUCAGCUGUCCAUGAUACCAGCACAAUAAUACACUCAGCAAAAUAUUGUCUAAUUAUUGUUAUCUAUAAAAUCCCAGAAAAUAUUGAGAUAUUAUUUUUUGUUAAUAUUGCACACCCCUAUGUGCAUGUCAUACAAUACAAUCUGUAUUAAAAAUCAUUUAAAUUGACCCUUAAUUCUCAUUUAACAUAUUUUAAUACAUCAUUCAGACUGAUAUUUGAUAUCAGGUUAGUUGCUGUGAAUUCACAUGAUGUGAAAAUGUGAAAUAUUUCUCUAAAGCAUUUCAUAAAACACAUUUCAGGGCAAUAUUUUACCGACAGGGCAUCAAUGUCAAAUGAAUUCGAUGUAAAGUCUGGACUAUUGAAAACUCUGUACUGUCACUGACUCAUUCCUGUUUUUCAGAACCCGUUUAACUUUUUAAAAAUAAAUACUCAGUAUUUACACAAUAAUGCAGUGAAGUGGUAUUCAAAGAUCUGAUGUUAAUCACUGAGUGAGAGAUCGACACAAAAUCCACUGAUAAUCAAACACUCACUGUUUGUGCUGCUAAUUUCCCUCCAAAAUGAUGUCACUUCCUGUAGGGGGUGAUGUCAUCAGGGAAAUUUGAAUUUACAAAAGACUAACAGAAUGGAAAGUGAUAUUGAGGACAUGAAAAAAACUAUAAAUUGAUUAAUAAUUAAGAAAUAAUGUUGGGAUUCAAACAUGUUAAUUACAAAAAGGAAAAAGGACAUUUCUAAAUUGUCAGUAGUUUUUUUUUUAAGAUUUAAAAUUCACCUCGUAAGAACUUUAUUUGAAUUAUUAUAAUCAGUGAAAACUACUAUGUUUUGCAUUUUUAAAUUGUGAUUUUCCAGCAUAAAUAAUGGUGAUGAGAAUAUACUUCAUGACCUGAUCAGCCUUCUGCUUAUUAAAUGCAUUAAUAUCUAUGAAAUAUUCUCAUUUCGAUGCUGUAUAAGCUACGGUUUGUCAGUGUAGUUGCCCAAAAAGCUUUCCAAAUAAUUCCAACGCCGUAGGAUGUUUUUAACAAUGCUGUUUUUGUGAAUCAUUGAUUUUUAAUGAAGCUCUUAUUUUCUACAUUUUGCAUAUUGUGUGAUUUUAUAAUGCAUUAAUCAAGUGCCUGUUUAUCACAAUGAUAUCUGUGUAUUUGGGUCAAAAUAUGAACAAUAAUAGUGAAAGCAAUAGAGAUCAGAACAUUAAGAAGUUUACUUCGUUAAUUAAUGUGAUGUUUAUUCUGUUCUGAAUGAAGUCUGUGCCUGUGCUUUUGAAAAAAAGUGCCUCAAAAUGCAUCUGAAAGACGCACAGAUGAUAAAAAUAGGUGUGAGUGGUCUGAAAGGAUAAAAUCUAAUGUUGAAAAUGAAUACCAGAAGUAUUACUUUUAUGGUCUUUUGAAAUAUCUAUUGCUGAAUCUGCAUGUGCAUGUGUGUUUUCAAAUGUAAAACCAGUUUUUAAGACUGAAGUGCAUUUGGUUUGAAGCACAGAAGUGUGAAUGCAGAUUCAUACACGAGGUUCAUUUCAUCUAAAUGGUUGAAGAUCUUAUUAAAGCACUGCAUGAAUGAAUGACAGUAAAUCAGACUGUGAAAUAUUAUGAUCAUAUGAAGGCAAUGUGCCAUUAAUAACCUGUGAAACACAGAAAUGUGCCUUAUAUUCCUUUUUUUAAGAGCAGAUCAAACUGUAAAUACAAAUAAACU